AUGUGCACGAACCAAGUGGCGCUCUGCCACUUCUGCCUCUUCCAACGGCACGUCAGCUGGAAGUACUGCCGAAACUUCUUGAACAACCUCAUCGACCACAUCCAAAGCGUGACGACCCCUCUACCCAAGCCAGAUGACUGCCCAAACGAGGACACCAUGACCAUCGACAUCCUGGCAUGUCCCAUUGAGGAGUGCGAGUCUACCAGGUUGGCAGUGAUCAAGCGCGCCCAGAUGGCGGUCGAGGCUGAGCGCAUCAGAAAGAUCAGGGAGGCCCAGAUGCUGGCAGAGACGCGCCGGCGCGACGAGUUUGCGCGCCGAUACCUGAGACCAAAGCAGCCCGUGCAGCCAAAGCAGCAGGCCAGCCUGCUCACCAAGGCGCUCGAAAGGAGGUGUCGCCUAGAAGUAAUCGAGGAAUCACAGAGCGGCUCUGGAACCCCCGACAGCGUCGCAGCAUUGAGCUACUCAGACGAUACCUCAAGCACGUCACGUCCCUCGCUUCCUCUCAGUCCCACUCAACCCGAGUCCCAGAGAUGUGGUAGCCUCGUAGCCACUUUCUCGCAGCCCCGUACAUACGUCGAGGAGGCAUUUCUACUACACCACGUCGAUGCCACCAAAGGGAUGGGCAAGGAGUCGUUUUUCUGA